AUGAUAGACAAAAUAUACCUUUCAUACUUUUUGUACCUUUCAUACCUUUCAUACUUUUCAUACCUUUUGUACCUUUCAUACCUUUCAUACCUUUUAUACCUUUUGUACCUUUUAUACGUUUA